AUGGCACUUAUAGAGAACCCUGCGAUUCCAGAGGGUUCGAUUGUCGUCAUCACUGGGGCCAACGGAUACAUCGCUUCUCACAUUGCCGACCAGUUCAUCCAAGCCGGUUAUGUCGUUCGCGGCACGGUCCGUAAUCCGAAAAAGAGUGCUUGGCUAGUACCUCACUUCGAGAAGGCUUAUGGGAAGGGAAAAUUCGAGCUGCAUAUUGUCCCUGAUAUGCAAGCUGAUGGCGCCUACGACGAAGCUAUCAAAGAUGCCGCAGCAUUUGUUCACACCGCCACCGUCAUUGACUUCAAUGGUGACCCGGCCGAGGUCAUUGGUGGAGCUGUCAAAUGCGGCAUGGUUGCCAUUGAGGCCGCUUACAAGGAGCCCAAUAUGAGGCGAUUCAUCCUCACCUCGUCAGCAUCAACACUCAUGCCAUUGAAGAAAGAGAACUUCUUCGCUCUCAAGGGCCAAACUGUCGAUGAGAACACAUACGGCCACGACGCCAAGGAGCUUGCGUGGGCUCCUCCUCCUUGGGGCAUCGAGCACGGUGGAGCCAUUUAUGGCGCCAGCAAGAUGGAGCAAGAGCAGGCUAUCUGGAAGUACUACAAGGACAACGCCUCGCGACGUCCUGAUAUUGUGGUGAACUCGAUCGUCCCCGACUUCAACUUCGGCAGGAGCAUCGACCCCGUCAACGCCGGAGGAACUUCUUCUUUUGGACUGGUCACUGAUCUCUUCGAGGGCAAGAGCUUGGGAGAGCUUUGGCAUUUGCCGCACUACUUCGUCGAUGUUCAAGAUGACGCCGCUUUGCAUCUUGCAGCCGCUAUUCUUCCCGACGUCAAGGGCGAGCGCAUCUUUGCGUUUGCGUUUCCGAUGAACUGGGAUCUGAUCCUCGACAUUAUGAGAAAACAGAAUCCGGAUAGAAAGUUUGCCGAUAAAUUCUACGGAGAGGAAUACCCUGUCACGGUCAAGCCCAUCGCCCGGGCUGAGUCGUUGCUGCGGAGAAUUGGAAGGCCUGGUUGGAUUUCUUUGGAGGACAGUAUCGCGUCGAACACUGAGCAUCUCAAGUAG